AUGGCGUCGUACCUGGAGUUGAUCUACAAGUCCGUGUUGACCUCUGAGUCGUGCAGAUCAGACUUCCUCCAGAAGGUCCAGAGCGAGUCUUCUGAUGGAAAGGAACAUGCAGAUCCACUUUCCUCGUUGGCAGACUUCCAAGCAUACAUGGCUAGUCCGGCUUCGGCUGCAUUGCGACCUCCACACAAGCAGGAUACUUCGGCCCCUAUCUCGGACUAUUUCAUCUCGUCCAGUCAUAAUACGUAUUUGACGGGUAAUCAACUCUACAGUGACGCUGCUGCCAGCGCAUAUACGAACGUUCUCCUUGGUGGCUGCCGAUGUGUAGAGAUUGACGUCUGGGAUGGACAAGCUGACUCAGACGACGAAGACACCAGUAGCAGCAGUAGCAGCUCAGACGACGAGAAACCUCAUAAGAAGGAGCAGAAGGAGCGUCAAAAGCACAAGAGACUGGAAAAAGAAAAGAAGGCAACUAGCCGCAGGUCCCGCAUUAAUGAUGCCGUCUCUUCCAAGCUGGGCGGCAUUAUGGGCAGCAAGUCUACACCCCAAGACGCAUCUACUGUUGGUGAUGGCAAUGCCCAGGACCAUCCGGCUCAUAUACCGCAACGUCCGGAGCCUAGAGUGCUCCACGGUCACACACUCACCAAGGGGACGACAUUCCGUGAUGUCUGCAAUGCGAUCCGCGACAGUGCCUUUGUCGCCAGCGACUUACCGGUAAUUGUCAGCUUGGAGGUUCAUGCCUGUCUCGAACAGCAGGAGAUUAUGGUGGAGAUCAUGCAGGAGGCGUGGAAGGGGUUCUUGAUCACCAUCACACCGGAAAUGUUGAACAGCCCAUGCAUGCCUAUACUGGAGGAUUUGAAGCGGAAGAUCUUGAUUAAGGUGAAAUGGCUGCCAGAGUCGGUUAGUGGCGAGGCGAAUGAAGCCGUAGAGGAUCUUGAGGAGCUCGAGGGGGUGCAAACACAGAAGUCACAGGAAGGAUCCACAGCGCCACCACCAAAGCCUUCUAAGAUCUUGAAUGCUCUGAGUCGACUAGCUGUCUACACCAAGGGAUUCAGCUUCAAGCGCUUGGAUCAACCAGAGGCAAAAAUACCCGGCCACGUAUUCUCGCUCUCCGAAAGCGCCGCCAAAGAAACAUCCCAAAACUACCGCGAUGCUCUAUUCGAACACAACCGGAGCAAUUUCAUGCGCGUGUACCCCUACGGUCUCCGCGUGAACUCCUCCAACCUCGACCCAGCCUUCCACUGGCGUCGCGGCGCGCAGAUCGUCGCCCUAAACUGGCAAAACCUCGACAAGGGCACUAUGCUGAACCACGGCAUGUUCCGAGGAGAACCCGGAUGGGUGCAAAAGCCACAGGGUUACCGAAGCUCCGAAAAACCCUUUACUCUGAUUACUCAACGAACUCUAGAUCUCUCGAUUGAGUUCUUCGCCGCACAGGACCUCUCCCUUCCACCCGGCGACACGAAAGAGAAGAGCUUCCAUCCGUACGUGACCACCUGCCUGCACAUCGAACAACCGGGAGAGGAGACCGGUGCCGGGGCGGACGACGACAGCACGGAUACGGAGAAGAAUUACUACAAGCGGACCAUCAAGAGCUCUGUCGGGGUGACGCCCGAUUUUGGUCCUCAGACGAUCGAGUUUCCGCAGGUUGCAGGGCUCGUUGAGGAAUUGAGUUUCGUCAGAUUCAAAAUCAAGGACAACGAACUCGGCCGCGACUCCAUGGCAGCAUGGACGUGCAUCCGACUCGACCGGUUGCAGAGUGGCUAUCGUCUUCUUCACUUCCACGACUGCACCGGGUGGAAAUCGGGUGGUGUGGUUUUGGUGAAGAUCACCAAGAAUAUUUCUUAG